AUGUCUGACGGAUCAUAUCUUUCGGCCCAACGAGGCUUCCUUUCGUCGCCUGGCGGCCGCCCCGCCCCCAAGGCCCAGCAGAACUUCCUCAUCCGAUUCAUCAACAACCAGAUCCUCGCUCCCGAACACCGCCCCGGAAACCUCUCGAUCGUCUGGGGCCUCUCGGUCUUCACCGCCGGCAUCAUCGUCGCUCGCAAGUUUGGCGACUUGAUCACGCCCGUCUUCUGA